GUUAACUAAACGGUUGUUAUUAGUUAGAUUUCAUUAUGUUUUCUUUUUAAAAAGUUAGUUAUCCAUCUUCACAUCACAUUUUGAAUGUAUGUAUUACUAGUUCGUUCAUGUGUGCAUGUGAAAUAUAAAAUCAAAUACAUGGUGACCAAUACCAUUCUCACUAUAUAUUUAUAAUCACAUUAGUAUAAUAAAUGAGGUGAAAAAUAUUAUAAAUCAGAUUUAAGUGAACAGAAGGAAAAAUAUUAAAUAGAAAAAAAAAUUUUUUUGAAACAUACUACUUACUACUCAAAUAUAAGUGAAUUUUGAAGUGUGCUGGAAUGUGAAUAUAAUAUCUCAAUUCAGUAGUAUAUUAAGAAAGUACUUAUUGAAUUAACACAAUAUUCAUACAUAUGAUUAUUAGAAUAUAUAUAUAUAAGAAAACCUGAACAAAUUUCAGUUGGAUUUUAAUUUAAUUUAUUUAGUGGAUUAAAAACAAAAUAAACAAAAAUUUUUUUCUUUUUCCUUUUUUUUCUUUUCGAAAACAAUCAUAAUUAAAUUAUUCAAUGAAAUCAUUAUUAUAUCAUAAUUAUUUAUUAUUCAAUAUGAUUAUAUUAUUAUUAAUUUUGAAUGAGUUAUCAUUCAUUUCUAGUUUAAAUGAACAUGUUCAAGAGUCAACAACAAUUUUAAACAAAGAAUGUGAAAAUGAUGAUCCACUAGGGAUGAUAUCAGGUUCAAUUGCUGAUUGGCAGAUUACUUCAUCGUCAACGUAUCCAUCUAGUUGGGUAAAAGGAUGUGAAGAAAAAAAUGCUCGCUUAUUUAGAACAAAUGGUUUAGCUUGGUGUGCAAAAUUUAAAUCCUCUUCAGAAUGGCUUCAAAUUGAUUUAGGUGUACAAGCAUUGGUCACGGGCAUCAUGACUCAGGGUCGAGGUGAUGGUUCGGAAUGGGUAACUUCAUUUAUGGUAUCCUAUAGUGAUGAUGCUAUGCACUGGAAGUUUGUCACUGACCAAUAUGCCAAUCAAAAAAUUUUUGAAGGAAAUUCAGACUCGUACUCAGUAAAACAUAAUUAUUUUGAUGAACCUAUUCGAGCGAGAUUUGUUAAAAUUCAUACAUACACAUGGCAUAAUCAUCCUAGUCUUCGAGUUGAACUAGUUGGCUGUCAAUCAUGUAAACAAAUUAUUGGUAUACCUCCUUAUGCAAGAUUUGCUGCUUCAAGUUCUCGUGGCAAACGAUCACAACGUUCUUGUACUCCAGAAUAUGGUCAUUAUCUAAGUAAUAAAGCAUGGUGUGCUCAGCGUCAAGAUGCUCUGCAAUGGCUUCAGAUCGACGUUGGUCCACCAACAUUAAUAACUGGAGUUAUUUUGAAAUCACGAGGAGAUGUGAAAAAUUCACAAUAUGUGACACGUUUCAAGCUCUCUUACAGCAAUGAUACACGCUUGUGGUACUUUUACAAGGAUGCAGCCCCUUUAGAUCCAAGAUCUACUGUGUGGUCAUUUGAAUGGAGUCAAAAAAUGAAAGAAUCGGAUGAUAAAAUAAAAUCUGAUAAAAUAUUUGAAGGAAAUAAUGAACAAAUAACUGAACGUAUUCAUUAUUUGGCUACACCAUUUAUUGCACGUUAUGUACGUAUACAUCCAGUCAUAUGGAGAAGUCGUAUUGCUAUGCGUGUUGGUCUAUUAGGAUGUAAACAAAAAGGUUCUUGUAGUGCUGGAUUUUUUAGAAUUAAUAAUGAAAGUUCUUGUGUCCCUAAUCUUGCUUACAAGAAAAAUGCUUGGUUAACACCAGAAUCUUCAAAUCAUCGUAAAAGAAAUCUUCAAGAUUCUGAUAAAGCAUCACGUUCACAUGGUUUCACUAGUGAACCGAGGAAUUCUGAAAAUCCAUCACAUUUUCAAUAUACUGAAAAUCAACGUCCGCCAAUGUUGGCUCAUCAUAGGAUAAGAGAUAACACCGUUAAUUCAAACGCAUUCAAAUUUAGUAACAUACCUCUAUGGUCACCAGUUAAUGGUAUGAUCAAUGAACAAUUCAUGGGUGAAAGCAGUGAUGGAAUGGCACUGUUAGCUGUUGAUGGUUGGACAGGUGAAGAAAUUCUUCUAAAAAAUUCGACCUUAUCAACGAGGUCAUCAGAACGUUUAAUGAACGAUGCUCCAGAUAAUAAACAACUUACGAAUGACAGUUUAAAUAAAAAAACUAUACAGAAUGUUCAACACACAACUUCCGUGACACAAAAGUCGGCUCAUCCAUGCACAAUACUUGAAUAUCGUUGGCCGUUUGUUGAAUUACCUUCAUGGUAUGUAGACCUCAGGGAGCAUAUUGAAGUAAAAGGAGUUGUUAUUUAUACAGCAGGUCAUGGUAGAGAUGGAAGAUAUCUUCUAUCUUCUCUAUUUGGCAGUGAAGAGAAAACGAAAUUCAAUUCGGAAAAUUUAGAAAGAUUAUCUAUCUAUGUCGAAUCGGAGCCACGUCACCACGAUACUAAAACAUUAUCUAGAUCAAGUUCUAGUCUAUGUGGUUUUGUAACUAGAAUUAAUGAUGCUAUAUUCAGUCCACGUUUACAUAUACCUUGCAGACAACCAUUAAUUGGUCGUUAUGUAUAUGUCGAAGCUCGUGGAGUUCGUGGAAGGUGGUCACAAGAGUUUGCAGCUUUGUUAUGUGAAGUUAUGGUGUAUUAAAACAAAGCUAUCUUUGCUAAAAUGCGAUGAAAGUACGUAUAACACAUUUAUAAUAAUUAUUAUUAUUAUCAUUCAUACCUCGUUAUAAUCAUUAACAAACAGAACCAAUCAUUCUUUUAACAGUGUAAAGGUGAAAGAAAGUAUCACAGUUAAAAUGAAUGUAACAUGAAGUUCUUCUGUUCAUUAAACGUUGGUUACCAUUAUUUUUCUUUUAUGAUACUAUUUCCUCAUAUCAAUUUUUUACGUAGGAAAUACUUGUUUAUCAUCAAAAUAUAUAUUCACUAAAUAUAUUUCCAUAUAUAACAAUGAAAUCAUUGCAUAUUGCAUAAUUAUCCAUAUAAUGGUUAAAAUGUUUCUCUAAACGAACAUGUUACUUAUAUAGAAAAUUGUUUAAUCUAAAAUAGCUUUAUUUGCUUAAUGCACAUUAACUUUAUUCUUUUCAAACUAUGUAAUCAUCCUAUGGACAGGAAAACAGAUCGUUUUAAUCAGUUUACAUUAAUGAAUUCAUUUCUUAAUCCAUAAGGCAAUAAACGAAUAUAUUAUUAAAAUUUACAUGGAAUAAUGAAAUUUGUUUCACAAAUAAAUCCUUUUAAAAUAAAACUCUGACAACAAAAUUGUUUUGAAUAAGGUUGUAUUGUUUUAUUAUCUACCCAGAUGAUGAUUAAGAGCUCAAAAGAGCGG